CUGCUUUCAUUUUUCAGGGCGCGCAUCCUCACACUCUCACACUCACACACACACACACACACACACGCCCCCUCCAAACCUGAGCGGUGCGCGGUACGUCGACCGCACAGAUAAUGUGUUCCUGUUUGGUUAUAUUUCCCCUUAAAAAUGAAUAAUGGACUGGUGAUUUGAAGGCAGCGUCUUACCGGCAUGGAUGCCCGUUGACUGAGGGAACAGCCUAUAUGGAUUGGAGCUCAUCAUCGCCGGAGCAAAUCUGGGGAGAGUCUGAGAGUGCUGUGGAAGAGGAUACUUCAUCCAAGAUCACAGGUCACAUGACAGAUUUGUGUAGUGAUGAAACAGACGGCUCUCUUCCUCUCCAGCUUCACACACUCAAGCAGUUUGAACAGCACCUGAAUGACCUGAAGAAGGAGAACUUCAGCCUCAAGCUCCGCAUCUACUUCCUGGAGGAGCGGAUACAGCAGAAGUACGAGGAGAGUAGUGAGGAUGUCUACCGCACGAAUAUCGAGCUGAAGGUGGAAGUAGAGAGCUUGAAGCAGGAGCUCCAGGAAAAACAGCAGCUUCUGGACAAAGCCCUCACAACAGCAGAGAGCUUGACCAAUCACAAUGAGGCAGAGCUGCAGAGACGGUGUCAGGAGAGACAGCAGGAAAUUGAUCACAUGCAGCAAGUGCUUGAGACCAAGAUUCAGCUCCUGCAGGAGGAGGCCCAGCUAGCACGCAGCGAGGCUGAGCGGAUGGCGUCGCUGGCUGGAUCACACUCCCAUGCCUCCCUCCUCUCCCUAGACACCCCCAUGGAGGACAUCCCAGAGGACGAGAGGCCUCUGAGCAUCCUGUCCCCAUCGAAGACCAACAAAGACAGGUUAAUAGAGGAGCUGACUAAAGAGCUUUGCUCCAAAGAGGCACUAAUUACAGAGCUGAGCGGAGAGAAGACGACCCUGACAUUCAGGGUGGGAGAACUGGAGGGACAGGUUCAGGAGCUGUCUUCAUCUCUGCUGCAGAAGGACAAGGAUGUGGAGUUCUAUCAGGAGGAACUGGGUCGAGAGAGGCUGCGCAUCGAACAGGAGAUGCAGAGUCUCGUUGAGGAGCAGCAAAGUCAGCUGAACCAGUACGAGUGUGCUGCUGGUCAGUGUGUCAGCGAGCUGCAGAAGGCCCAGCUCCAGGUCCAGUCCCUGCAGGUCAAGAUCCAUGAGAGCGAGGCCAACAAUAUGAAGCUGCAGGAGAAGCUGAAUGAGAUGGAGUGUGAGCUGCGUUCUCUCCGCCAGGAAUCUCAAAGUCAGGAAAGAACCAUUCAGGGCCUCACAGAGUCUAUUAGCACAAAAGACAGUGAGGCCCAGGAGCUGUACCAGAUGAUUGAAGGACAAAACACCACUCUGUGUAAGCUGCGAGAAAUGGCCCACCGCAACCAGUUCACUCAGAGCAAGGCUCCAGAGGGGGUCAGUGAGUCCUUGACGCUUGCACAGCUUCAGGACGAGCUGGUGGGGGUGCAGAGCUCCCUGUUCUCCCUUGGUCUGGAGCUGGAGGCCAGCCAGAGGAGUCUGAGACAGAGCCAGAGGCAAGGAGACGACCUGGUGAGGUUCAAGGACAGACUGAACUCUGAUCUGCAGGAGGCACUGCAGCACAGGGAGGUCACAGAAAAACACAACCAGGACCUGCGCUGUGCCCUUCAGAAAGCUCGCUCUGAGCUUCAGGCUAAAGACGCAGCUCUGAAGGAGAGCGAUGCAGAGAAGCACAGUGUGCUGCAGGAAAAAGAGAGAAGCAUCACACAGCUCAAACGCUCUCUGCAGGACAAGGAGCAACAGUUACAGGAGUACUCGGACAUGUUGGAAUCAGCAGGAAGCUCCAAACCAAGAGAUGCCCUGCUGGAGAAACUGAGAGAGCGUAUUAAAGAUAGAGACAAGGCUCUGGAGCGCUCCAUCGAUGACAAGUUUCGCUGUCUGGAGGAUCGCGAGGGCCAGGUGAGGAGGCUGCAGCUGGCCCUCAGGGAGAAGGAACGAGACCUGGAGAGACUGCGCUGCAUCCUGUCCAACAACGAAGAGACCAUCACGAGUCUGGACAGCUUGGUGCGAGGCAAAGAGCUGGAGCUGGAGCAGGCGGCAGAGGCCUACAGGAACCUCCAGUGGCUGAAGCAGCAGAGUGAGGAGAAGGAGAGAAACACCCUGAGAGAGAAAGACACCAUCAUCAACCAGCUACAGGCGGCCCUGCAGAGCCGCAGCCAGGAGACACAGGAUCUGACAGCCGCCCUUGUUGCCAGAGUUCAGGCCGGCCCCACCGAGGUUGUGGAGGAGCUGAAGGCUCGGCUGGCACUGAAAGAGAAGCUGUUCCAGGAGCUGCUGUCAGACCGCAGCCGCCAGUCUAAUGAACAUCAAACACAGGUCCAGGAUCUGCUCAGCACUCUCAGCUCCAAAGACCAGUAUCUGCAGGACUACUCCUACAGGCUGUCCUUGGUGGUUAGUGAGCGCACCCGCCAGCUGCAGGAGCUACGCAAACAGCUGGCGUUGAGAGAACAAGAGCUGAGCGAGCUGAGGCGGGACAAGGAGAGGGAGAUGGGAGGAGAGACAGCACAUCUGCAGAGUCUGCUCAAAGAGAAGGAAGCCUUUAUCAAGGAGCUGAUGCAGGGCCAGGAAGAGGCGAUGCAGCUGUCUUCUAAAGAGAGUGAGGCAGAGGUGAAGGCUCUCCAGGAGGAGCUGCAGCUGGUACUGAAGAAGGAAAAGGAGGCUCAGAAGGAGCUCUCUGUUCUGCGUUUGUCUUUGGCUCACCAGCAGGUCGAUCAAGUUGCCCCAAAAGACAGCACAAAUCACCAAUGCGUGCUGGAGCAGCUUGUGUCAGAGUACAACAAGCUGAAUGACGCCCUGAGGGCAGAGAAGAGAUUGUACCAAAAUCUCAUGCAAAUUCACACCAAGAGUGACAGCAGCUCAGAGAAGAUCCAGGCCCUCCACACUGAGCUAGACUCGGUUCAGGCACUCCGCGGACAGCUGGAGGAGGUCCUGGCCAGGACCCGUAACAUGGCCCUGGUGCUGGACAGGGCUGCUAAACGGCAGCCUGACUUUGGAGAGCUCAGCACAGAGGAGGAGGAGGGAGACGAUGAAGAUGGCAGCAGUGACGAGUUCACAGACAGCAUAGAGGACGAUGAUGAUAAAGUGACGGCCAGGAGUUUGGCUUUCAUUCAGACCUCUGUGAAGGCUCAUGAACCUGAGGGUGUGACAGGAGGGCUAGCGAGGGGGCUGCUGUCCCAGAGAGCUGAUGUAAAGCAGCUUGAAGAAGCAAAGACGACACUUGAAGGCCAGCUCGAGGAAAUAAGGUUACAACUGGAGAAGGAUGGAUACGCCUCUGUGGCCCAGAUGAGGAGUGCACUGCAAAGGCUACAGGAGGAAAACCGGGCUUUGAAAGAAAGCCAAGGACGAGCUGGAGUCCUGGGACUGAGGAUGAACACAGAGACGAAUCACAGGAGUCUGAACCAGGAAGAGGAAGAGGAGGAGUACGAAGAGGAGGAGGAGGAGGAGGAGGAUGAAGAGGAGGAUAUGGAGGAGGAGGAGGAAGAGGAAGAAGAUGAAGAGGAGGAAACAUCUCCAGUGCCGGUGGGGAAGCGAGGUGCUCUGUGUGUCAGUCCGAGUGAAGAGAGAGGGAAGAGGCACUGCACGAGGCCACGCUCUCUGGACCUGGGAAAGCUGACGUCCCGUCAUAACACACACCAGACUGAAACGGAGGUGGAGCCUGCCGGUGACAGCAGUGAGGUGGGAGCGCUCUGGUGGGAUAAAGAGGAGGGUCUCAACGAGCAGGCUUCCCGCCUCCGCUCCGAUCUGGCUCUGAGCCACCAGGAGAACAGAGAGCUGCAGGAGAGGCUGAUGGUGUCUGAGGCCACGGUCCACGCUCAGGCUGAACAACUGAAGGACUACAGAGAUCUCCUCACAGAGACAUCGGUCCAGCAAGCCAGUAAACAGGUGCAGGUGGAUCUUCAGGAUCUGGGUUAUGAGACUUGUGGUCGUAGUGAGAACGAAGCUGAGAGAGAAGACACCAGCAGCCCAGAGUUUGAUGACCUGGAGAUGUGCACAUCCCUGUCCCAUCAGCAGGACUAUGAGGGUGUGGGCAGCAGCUGGUACGCUGGUAACUGCAGCAGUAACAGAGGAGCUUAUGAAAUGGCGGAUGAGUCCUCUCUCCAGCACCUGGUCCAGGAUCUGCGCUCACAGCUGACCCGCUGCCACAAGGUGAUCCGUGGGCUGCAGCUGCGUGUCCGCUCCCUGUCUGCCACCAGCGACUACGCUUCCAGUCUGGAACGCACCCCUCGCAAGGUAAACUGGGCAUUUGAGACAUCACCUGCCCCCAGCGGUGCGGAAGAGGAUGAGGGCUGGAUGUCUGACACCCAAGGGAUUCGCUCAGGGUCCAAACCCAGCAGGGAGCUGCAAGAACUGAUGGCACGAGUUGCGUCACUGGAGGCGCAACUGAAGAGCUCCAGACAGGAGGGAAAAGGCCAAGCAGAAGAGGGGAAAUGUGCCACAUGGCCCGGGAAGUACAACUCUCUGAUCCAGGCACAAGCUCGUGAGCUGUCGCACCUGAGGCAGAGGAUGAGAGAGGGGCAGGGAGUCUGCCACAUCCUCACCCAGCACCUGGGUGAUACCACAAAGGCCUUUGAGGAGCUGCUGCGAGCUAAUGAUAUUGAUUACUACAUGGGUCAGAGCUUCAGAGAACAGCUGGCACAGAGCAUCGCCCUAUCACAAAGAGUGGUCACCAAGAUCAGUGGACGCGACCGUGCAGAGAGCAGUGAUGACAAGACGGGCCAUGAGUUGCUUGCCCUACGGCUAAGUAAGGAGCUGCAGCAGAAAGAUAAAAUCAUCGAGUCGCUCCACACCAAGCUGCAUCAGCGUCCUGAGACCCCGUCCAGCUGCCACGCCCUCUCUGAGACCACCGACCAAUCAGACAGGACCUCCUUGGUGUCCGAUGAGUACAGAACCAAUGAAGACUUGGAGCUGUGCUCUGAUUUAGACGCCAGAGAGUAUCAGCAGGAGCACCGGCUGCAGCAGCCAGGACACGGAUCAGAACCAGACGUCCGUCCAUAUUUCCCUCCUCCUCAUGGGCUCCUCAAGUCCUCCAGCAGCUGUCCCAACAUGCUUUGCUCAGCCCCUGUGUCUUUGACCAGUCAGUCCUCCAGAGCCCUUUUCAGUGAACCUGUUUCCUCCUUCCUCUCUGUCCCCUCUGGCCCUGACGUCUGGGGUAAGGAAGUCACUUCUGACCCCCGGCCCAGGGCCCUGUCUGUGAUCGCUGUUCGCCCAGAGCUGGACACGCUGUACAAACAGAUGAAUGAGCAGAACAGGGGAUUUGCUGCUCCCCAUGACAAGUCUCUCUUCACACUCUCACCCGGUGCCCACAACCAGCACAACCUCUCCAGCUACAGCCUGCUAUCCCAUCAUGCCUUUCAACAGUACCAGCUGGGUGGCAUCCCUGAAGGCCACUCGCUGGAGUCUGACUCAGGUCUAACGACGGGCGGGCCCUUGUGGGACAUGGAGAACAUGGUUCAUCCAGUUGGAAGCUACCCUGGAUCAGCUGGACACCAGCCAGGAAGCAGCCAUGCAGGGGUAAAUUUGAUAGAGGAGCACCUGCGGGAGGUGAGGUGUCUCCGUCAGCGUCUGGAGGAGUCCAUCAGGACUAAUGAGAGGCUCCGACAGCAGCUAGAAGAGAGACUGGCCACCACUGGGCGUGACGGAGGGGCACCAACAAACAUCUACAUACAGGGGCUGGAUACCGUCACUCAACUGUCCAAUGAGAUCAGAGUCCUGAAGGAAGAAAACUUGGGUUUACAGUCGCGCCUGCAGGCCAGCACAGACACGCGUGAGGAGGUGGUGCAGUUGCGGGAGGCCGUGUUUACAGCACGGGCACGACUGAAGCAGGCAGAGCUGGAGGCCGAGCAGUGGAAGGAGGAGCUACGGCGCCUUCAGACUCACAGCCAGGACCAAGGACAGCAGAUACACACAUUAAGGCAGGAGCGACAGGCCAGUCAGGAGAGAACCAACAGGCUCCAGCAUGAGGUGUCUCUGCUGCAGCAGCAGCUGUGUGAGAGCAGGGAUCUCAUCCACUCCCUGCAGAGUGAACUACAGGUUUACGAUCGAGUGUGUUCCAGCACAAAGGCCAACAAAGGCUACCUGUGUGAGCUCCCAGGUCUACCAGUGGAGCUGGGAGAGCUGCUUGGAGAGGUGAGGAGUCUGCCCCAGCUGCAAACCAGCGUCCAGGAGAACAGCGCCCUCAAACAGCUGGAGCUCCACAAGCAGCUGGAGCAGAAGCUGGGUGUCGGCUCCCCUCGGACUCCCUCCCUCUCUGCUCUCACUGCCAGCCCUCAAAGAGAAAACUUCUACAGACGACAGCUGCUGCACGACCCAGCUCCAUCUCCACCAGUCAGGGACAUUGGUCUGUUUAACUGCGGAUCUCCCGGUCCUCCCUACUCAGACCUGGAUGACAGCCAUAGCACUGCCAAUGCAGACCCUCUCGACCCUCACUCUGAGCUGGAGGGGGAGGCCCCCGACGGAUCGUUUGCGAACCGUAACGGCCGCCACGCCAUCGGUCACGUGGAUGAUUUUAGUGCUCUGCAACAGCAAGUCCUGGAGGGCCGGAGCCUCGUCCAGCGAAUGGAGACCACCCUGCAGGCCUGCCUCGGCCCGCCACUGCUGGAGGGCAACCAGAAACAGGGCAGCGAACUGGUUCUGGACUAUGGAUGUGUGAAGAGUCUGCUUUCCAACACCAGGACUCUAAGGCAGAUUCUGGAGGAGGCGGUGUCGCUGCUAAAGAUGUUCUGGAGGGCUGCUCUGCCCAGCACCGAUCCCUCCAUCCAAAACCUCAAGAAGGAGCAGUGUAUGCAGGAGGAGAUCUUGUCCCUGAAACUGCGCGUGUCAGAGCAGGAAGAGGUUCUUAAGGGGACGAUUCAAAGACUGAGGAGCACCAGCCGCACCAAGGAGAGCAUGGAGCACUUCAUAGUUAACCAGUUGUCGAGGACUCGUGAUGUGUUGAAGAAAGCAAGGACAAAUUUAGAGAAGAAUGAGCUGAGACUUUCCUCUCUAAGCUCCUCCUCUUCCUCUCCUUAUGCUGCUGAGGACCCAGGAGAUGCUGCCAGAGAGCGGCCUGCUGAUGGCAGUUUCCUGAAGACCGGCUGUGCUUCCAGAGCUGCUGGGGCUGCAGCCGGUCAGCGUCCUCCAACAAGGAAGCGCAGCAGCCAAUGCCUGCUUUAGACUUUAAAAGAACCAGCCUCAACGCUACCACCUCUGACCUCUGACCUCUAUGCUGAAACCGCCAAUACAACUCCCCAACACCCACCCUCAUCCUUCCAGCGCCCCCACCCCCACACCAGCCUGCCCUCUCCCAUUCUUCCAUCCUUCCCCCCUCUGGGCAAUAUGUGCACAGUAUAAUCUGCACCUUGAGCCUUACCAAACUCCCCUCACUCUCUGCCCCCUCCCCCAACCACAUGUAUUAUUGUCUUUGAAUGAUGCAGUCAGCAGUUUGCCUUGUCGUGUGUGUGACAGAAGAAGGUGUUUGACAUGUGCCUCUGAUGGUUUCAGUGACGUGCGUCCUACUGAUGGAACUGGUUGAAGAUGCUCUUAGAUUCUGAUCUCAGACCAGAUGUAUCUUUCCAGUCUGGUUUCAGUGGAGUUAAAUCACAGAAAUGUUGAGGGUAAUCGUGCUAAUUUAAGUUAGUGUCAAAUUACCUUUUAUUUUUGAAAAUAUGGACAAAGAAUUGACAUUGACAUUGGAGAAUUUAAAUUUUUCUUAUACUUGAGAGAACUAAUUACUACUUGUUACUUAAAAUAAAAAGUUUCUAAGAUAGCCCCCGGAUCUGUCUAUAAGAGCAUCCUCUCCUGAGAGCCAGACAGCCUGUGGACGGAGUAGAUGAACAUGCAUGUUUAAAAUGGCUUGUGAGAGGAAUUCUGCACACGUGUACACAUAUCUAUAUGUGAUUGAACUCAGCUCACUCAAAGACAAGACAUCCUCAACUAUGACUGCCGCAGAAAUGUUUACUUCUCGUGGCGCUUUUAUUAACGAGGACAUCUUUUUUUGCAAAUGCAAUGCAAAUAACAAUGACACCCACAAUGUAUCACUAGACACAGUUGAAGAAUGUAGAGGAGGUAGGCGAUCACUGCUACAUAGUUGUGUACUAGCUAUAUCUGUAUUUGUGGAGGAAGCUUAUGAAUGGUAUGUCAGCCAUCAGCCAAGGGUCAUGAAUAGCAGAACAAAAGCCAGAGAAUGGUUCCAUUUCAGUCACAAGCCUCCUCUUUUAGCUCCUAAUGGUGCUUUUUGGCAUCAAGCUGCAGUCGUAAAAGUAAUGAAGAGUUGGGUCAGUUAAAUUCUUUAGGCCACUUUGUGAUUGGUAAGUUGUGAUUUCUAAGCAGGAUGUACAUUAGAGUAGGUUAGAAAAAAAGAGGUUAAUGUGCUCAAAUGGAACCAGGCUAAACACGCGUAUUCAAGCUCCUCUGUAGGAGUUCUCAUACGAGCAUGUGCAAUAAUAAUAUUGUUUCUUGAAUGAUCAUGCUGCACCGGGUUAUUAUCAUUAUUUCUUUGCCUGACACUGGAUUAUUAGUCACACUCAUAAUAAUGUUAGGAAACGAUCAGUGUUAUGAUUGUAAGUUUUUUCUGGAGUGUUAAUGCAUGACAGAGAUUGGUAAAUGGUAAAAUCUAAGCUAUGGAACAGGGGAUUGCCAAUACUUGCCAAAGUUUGAACUUCUGAACUCUUUACUUCACUUUGACUUGCCUUAUCCAUGCGAAUGACAAACUGAUCUGAAACUGAUACAGAGGUGUUUUCUCUUCAGAGGGCCUCUAGAACCACAGAGACGGUAACCGUUAGACAGCUGGUUCAGUUUAUUUCGAAUUGUGCGACAGAAAUUAGCUCCUUUUUUGGACCAAAACGCAACAGUGGAUUUUUUCCCACAAGGCCAUAUGCUAAAGUCUUUAUGUUAUUUCUCUUGGUUCAGGCCAUCUUAGCAUUCCCAUGGCAAUGGCAAUAUAGGUUAUUAAGUUCUCAUAGAUAACACAAACUUUGGCAGGCUACUGGCGGGAUCAUUGUUCUAUAAUUCACUCACUUAUAACUACAACUUCACGUUUGGUUUGAUGUGUUUUCUUGCUGUACAUUUGCCAUUUUAUGCUGUAAAUAACCUGCUUUUUCUGUAUAAACUUUACUUUUGUGUGUGUGUGUGUGUGUGUGUGUGUGUGUGUGUGUGUGUGUGUGUGUGUGUGUGUGUGUGUGUGUGUGAAAAUACAUACAACAUUUGCUUUUUGCAAAGUUGAUUAUCUGGGUAGCUGUGCAAUAGCUUUACAUAUUUUAUUUUGAUGUUAAACAUCAUUGUAUUACAAGUGUGUUUGCUACAUUCACUUCCUGCAAUGUAUGAUUUAUAUGCAGUGUAUGUUAGAGGAUUGUGUCACUUUGAAUCAAUUAGCCACAUAGAUGUGUCUGAUAAGAAAUCAUAAACUAUGCCUUCAUGAUAUGUAAGACACAGAUCACAAUACCAUCCACCUAUAAAAAAGCUCUGAUUAAUGUUGCUUCGCUUGCCUUUAAAUUUAGCUUGAGAGCUGCCUCAGUCUGCUCUCAGUGGUAGAAAUGGCCUUGAACUAGCGCGCGUCUACCUGAGAUCUGCCAAACUAGGUUUUAUUUGCGCUCAAGUCUUGAAGAAAAGACUAAAGUUGCCAAGUAUUUCAAUAGAGGUAAAAAGUUUGAUACUUCCUUUUGAAAUUAACGAAGUUAAAAGGGAAAAGUUUUGAAGAAUUGUCUACUGUAAAAUAGAACAAAAAGCCAAUGACUGGAAAGAUUGUGAAUGCUGGACCCACAAAGCACCUUGUUCGAGCGUAAACAAAGCCUUAUUGCUAUUUGUUAUUAAGAAGGGAAUCAAAUGGCAGUUUGAAACAAUGUAUUGUUGGUCCUGAGUUGCGUAUGUAUAUACUGCUAUUUGAUUGGUGCAGCUUUUAUGUGACUGGAAAGCAGCUUUGUUUCUGAGUUUGUGUAUAAUCAACUAGAAAGCCGAUACAGGACUCAUAUGGAUCCUGUCUCUGAUGACAGUAAACAGUGUGUUGUGUUGGCACAAGUAUUAUCAAUGAAAGAUUUUGGGAAAGAAUGAAUAAAACACUUAAAAGUU